CAUUAGCGUGCAAUUGGGACUUAGAUAUCGCUUACACAACCGUGUCUUUUCUUCAUUUUGCCUGCAUCUCCUCGCCGGUGUGUGGGAACCUACACGUUUUUCAUUUUUUUGAUUUAACAGUCAAACAGCGUUUUAGAAAUGAGUGGGGACCAUUCCCACAAUGAGGACCAGAUUGACUGUGGCUCCCGGGUCAAUGACUCUCACAAGCAUAAAGACAAAUAUAAAGAGAAGGAACACAAACAUAAGGACCACAAGAAGGAUAAGGAGCGGGAGAAAUCAAAAUAUGGAAACAGUGAUCACAAGGAUUCCUCUGAUAAAAAGCACCGAGAUAAGGAGAAGGAAAAGAUGAAGCACAAAGAUGGCAGCACAGACAAAUAUAAGGAAAAGCACAAGGAGAAGAGGAAAGAAGAGAAGAUGAAGUCCUUUGAUGAGAAAAUAAAAAAGGAAAAGGAGAAUGGCUUUGCCAGCCCACCGUAUAUGAAGUCUGAGCCUGAGGAUGAUUUUUACCACUCUCCAAAACACGAGAGGUCUCUAAAAAGAGAACGAGAUGAUGAUGAUGAUAACGACGCUGAAUUCAAACCUAAAAAAAUAAAAACUGAAAAUGACAAGAAGGCCAAGAAAAGGAAACAAGACGAGGACAUUAAGUCCAAAAAAACAAAACACAAAAAAGAAGUAACCGAUGGAAAAAAGAAAGCAAAGAAAGAGCCCGAGGAGAAGUGGAAAUGGUGGGAAGAGGAGAGAUACACAGAUGGUGUCAAAUGGAAGUUCCUUGAACACAAAGGGCCAGUGUUUGCACCAGCGUAUGAACCUCUUCCUAGCCAUGUCAAAUUUUACUAUGAUGGUAAACAUAUGAAGCUCAGCCCAGAAGCGGAGGAGGUAGCGACCUUCUUUGCCAAAAUGCUGGAUCAUGAAUAUACCACCAAGGAUAUCUUCCGUAAAAAUUUCUUUAAAGAUUGGAGGAAGGAAAUGACUUCAGAAGAAAGGGCUAAGCUCACAGACCUGAAAAAGUGUGACUUCGGUGAAAUGAGCAACUACUUCAAGGCACAAUCUGAAGCAAGGAAAGCCAUGUCUAAGGAGGAAAAACAAAAAAUAAAGGAAGAGAAUGAACGCAUCUUGCAGCAAUAUGGCUUUUGCAUCAUGGACAACCACAAGGAACGUAUUGCUAACUUCCGCAUUGAGCCUCCAGGCCUGUUUCGUGGUCGUGGAGACCAUCCUAAAAUGGGGAUGCUCAAACGCCGAAUCAGGCCCCAAGACAUUAUCAUCAACUGCAGCAAGGAUUCCAAGGUUCCUGAGCCUCCUCCCGGCACCAAAUGGAAAGAAGUUCGUCAUGACAAUAAGGUGACUUGGCUGGUGUCGUGGACAGAAAACAUUCAAGGCUCCAUCAAGUACAUUAUGCUGAACCCAAGCUCUCGAAUCAAGGGAGAGAAGGAUUGGCAGAAGUAUGAAACGGCACGUCGACUGAAGAAAUGUGUGGACCGCAUCAGAGCCCAGUACCGCGAAGACUGGAAGUCCAAGGAGAUGAGGAUCAGACAGAGGGCUGUGGCUCUCUAUUUCAUUGAUAAGCUGGCUCUGAGAGCGGGUAAUGAGAAGGAAGAAGGAGAGACUGCAGACACUGUGGGCUGCUGCUCGCUGAGAGUUGAACACAUCAAACUCUAUCCAGAGAACGAGGGUCAAGAGUACGUAGUUGAGUUUGAUUUCCUGGGUAAAGACUCGAUCCGCUACUACAACAGAGUCCCUGUGGAGAAGAGGGUAUUUAAGAAUCUACAGUUGUUUAUGGAGAACAAAGAGCCUGAUGAUGACCUAUUUGAUCGGCUGAAUACAUCAAUCCUGAACAAGCACCUUCAGGAGCUGAUGGAUGGUCUGACAGCCAAAGUUUUCCGUACAUACAACGCCUCUAUCACCCUGCAGCAGCAGCUGAAGGAGCUCACGACUGCGGAGGAGAACAUUCCGGCCAAAAUCCUGUCCUACAACAGGGCCAACAGGGCAGUGGCCAUUCUGUGUAACCAUCAGAGGGCUCCACCGAAGACAUUUGAGAAGUCUAUGCAGAACUUGCAGUCAAAGAUUGACGCUAAAAGGGACCAGCUUGCUGAUGCCAAGAGAGAACUGAAGAGCGCCAAGGCAGACGCCAAAGUACGAAAAGAUGAAAAAUCCAAAAAGGCAGUGGAGAGCAAGAAGAAAGCGGUACAGAGGAUAGAAGAGCAACUGAUGAAGCUGGAAGUGCAGGCAACUGAUCGAGAAGAGAAUAAACAGAUUGCACUCGGUACUUCCAAACUCAACUAUCUGGAUCCUCGCAUUUCUGUGGCUUGGUGUAAGAAGUGGGGCAUUCCCGUGGAAAAGAUCUACAACAAAACCCAGCGUGAGAAGUUUGCCUGGGCCAUUGACAUGGCAGAAGACGACUAUGAAUUUUAAAUCCCAGUUUGUGGUUUUAACUAUGAUACUUUUUUUUUUUUUUUCCAAAAAAAAAAAAAAAAUUGGAUACUUGUUUUUUAGCUUUACUGAAUUUUGCUCCGUGGCCAGACCUGACAAGGAAUUUCAGAACUUUUGAGCGAAAAACAAAAAGGGCGACAAGAUGAAAUGAUGUGAGGCCAUUAUGAAGGGUUAGGGGGAGUUGUGGAUAGUCUAAACAUCUGAUCUGAGAUCGGGCAACAAGACUGAACUUUACCCACGACUAGGAUUCAAGGCUUAUUACUUGUAAUUUAAAGACCCUUUUACCUUCUGUGAUUGUCCACACUCUGGGACAAAAACCUGACAAUGCCUGAACUUUGAACUCUGUGGUCCUUUUAGCUACUGUAUCAAGCAAAAACAAUGCUUUGUAUCAUUUUAUUUUCUUUGUUCACUCACUUUGUAUUUUAGCCAUCCCAUGUAUUAUUAAUGAAUUCUAUAUUUUGAUAGACAAAGUAAAAAAAAUUGAAUGAAUUCCUUAACUACACCCACGCGCCUUUUGAGGAAAUGAAAAUGUGUGUUUGCGUGUGUGCGUGCGCGUGCUUGUGUGUGUUAGGGCUCAACCGUAGAAGCUGUCUGUUUGGGUGAAUAUUUUAAACUGGACUAUGUUGAAUUGUUGAGCAUGGAAGGGGAUGUCUGGGCAGGCAAAGGGGAAAAUACUGCAACCAUGUCAAUAUUUACUUAAACAAGCAGAAUGUGAAUAUUUUGUUUUACAGCUUCUAUCAGGGACUUUUUUUUUCUUUUUCUCAUUGUAAAUGUGAACCAAUCAUUUUUAUCCUUUUGUUGCUAGCACCCUCGGACUCUCUCGCUGCAUAGCCCUGUCUACAUUUGAUUUUUAACUUAAUUUAAACAAUUGUUCCAAAAAACCUCCCAUAUCUGUUACUUGAAGAUGCUAUGAUAAUGUAUAAAGUCAGAAAAUGGAGAGCGCGCGUGUGUGUGUGUGUGUGUGUGUGUGAGGGAUGUCAACUUUUGCCAAAAAGGAAAAAAAACUUCACCAAACUGUUACAAUUUUAGGCAGGUUUUUAAUUGUGUAAUGAUUGAGUAUUGUAACAUUUAAUGUGAAUUCAGUUCAUUUUACUCCACUCUGUUCCACUCUUAUAGAAAAGUUGAUGUAAGUAGCUGUAAAGUCAACAUUUUAUUCCUGUUUUACCUUUUUUGUCAUAGCCUUUUGAUCAUGUUUUAAGCUCAUUGUAGAUUGAAAAAUGAUUAAAACAUUACAGGUAA